AUGGGAGAAGAAUUUGUCAUAAACAGAUGUAGUAGGUACAUUUUGAAUGUAACGCCUGAUUUACCAAAUGUAUUUGAGGACUCAGGAUCAAUUAAGUAUAUGCAGAUUCCAAUAACAGAUCACUGGAGCCAGAACUUAGCUAGCUUUUUCCCAAAAGCAAUAGAAUUCAUUGAUGAAGCCAGGAACAACGGGAAGGGUGUCUUAGUACACUGUGUUGCAGGAGUUUCUCGCUCUGUCACGAUUACAGUUGCCUACCUCAUGAACAAAUUAUCACUUUCUCUGAAUGAUGCAUUCAACCUUGUACGGAGCCGUAAGUCAAACAUUGCACCAAACUUUCAUUUUAUGGAGCAGCUUCACAACUACGAACAAGAACUUUCUCGGCCAGCCGUCUGUGUGGAAGAACCGACCCAAGCUGCUGCUUCUACCAGUACAGAGACAGGGCAGUCUGGAUGUCAUAGUUGUGGAGGAGUUCAAUGUAAAUGUGGUGGUGGCUCUCACUUUCUGAGCCCUGUCAAUGUUGGAACAAGUCCUGAUUCUGGAAUUGAGUUUGAUUGUUGGACGUCUGCACCCAUGUUGAAUUCAAUGUUAAAGGAAAAUUAUAAGAGCACAUUAUCAGAAAUUCAUUCGCAUUUCAUAAUUCUAAAAUUGUUGGAACACUGCUUGUGUAAAAUUCUUAUUUCAAAAAUCUUGUUUUCACAGAGAACAGUGUUUUCACGAUAA